UUGUCCCUUCUCUUUUUCUCACCUUCACAAGCCAUCCACGAAACCCAAAUUCCUCCUUUUCUCUUCGUCUCUUCUCCAUCGCUGGCACGAAACCCUAGCUCCGAUCAUCCAGAGAUAGCGGCUGAUCUAUGGGUACGGAGGCCUAGGGCGAUCGCCGGCGGCGGGUGGCGGAGAGUUUCGAGCCGGAGGUGGAGUAGAAGCGGGGAUCGUCACCACCAUCAUGUCUGCCAUCGUGCUCGGCAAGAGAUCUAACUCCAUCUUCGAGGAGCUUCACCACCACUCACCGUCGCAAUCCCCUUUCGACACCCCCGUGUCCAAGCGCAUCCGCUGCUCCUCUUCCCCUACCCAUAUCCGCUUCUCCCCUCCCAGACCCUCGUCUCAAUCUCCGCGAGGUUUGAACGGUGGUGGCGUCGUCGUUGAUAGUGCUUACUCGGCGCAUCUCGAUCAUUUGAGGUCCUUGUUCCCGGAUAUGGAUCAGAAGUUUCUUGAGAGAGCGUUGGAGGCAUCUAACAACGACUUGGAUUCUGCCAUAAAGAGUUUACAUGAUCUCUGUUUAGAGUCAGCAGAGUUGAACUUGGCUUCUGCCUUGAGCAAAUCAGUCAAUGAAAGUGAACUAAAUAUUCAAUCAUCUGGUGUAGGUGUUUUGGACGAAAGUAGCAGAGAUGAAGAUCCUGUGCAUCCUUCUCCUGCAGUUACCCUUCCAAGGGAUGGUUCUGAGUGGGUGGAUCUUUUUGUGAUGGAGAUGAUGAAUGCCUCAAAUGUGGAUGAUGCGAGAGCUCGUGCUUCCAGGGCGCUUGAAGUGUUGGAGAAGUCCAUCAUGUCCCGUGUUGACGCUGAAGCUAUGCAAAACUUCCAGAAGGAAAACAUGCUGCUUAAGGAGCAAGUGGAAACCCUGCUCCGAGAAAAUAAUGUUCUGAAGCGAGCGAUAGCAAUACAGCAUGAACGCCAGAAAGAGUCUGAUGAGCAAAACCAAGAAGUGCAGCAUCUAAAGCAGCUUGUGUCGCAGUAUCAGGAGCAACUGAGAACACUUGAGGUUAAUAAUUAUGCACUGGCAAUGCAUCUCAAACAAGCUCAACAGAGCAACUCCAUGCCAGGGCGAUUCCAUCCUGAUAUCUUUUAAGAUUGAACUGAGCUCCUUUCUGUUUUCAUCCCUUAAAAUGGUAUUCAUUUCCAAAGACUCUUCUUAUUGUGCACAGAUAUUGUUAUUAAUGACAAUUAUAUUACUAUAAAAUGGUUAAAUUGCUUCAA